UUUUUUUUUCGAGAGUCUCUUUUAGAAAGAUAGAUUUAUUCGCUGCUUGUUUUGGUGGAUCGAGCUUCUUCUUCUUCUCUGCCGACUGACGUAAUUUUUUUGUCCAUCUUAAAAAAAACCUUGUUAGAUUAACACACAGCUAAACCAACUGUUAAGCAGAGUGUUUACGAUUGAACUCAACGUAUAACGAAAUCAACCGAUCGAUCGUUAAAUCAAGGAAUCAGUUUGUCAAAUAGCUAGCUGACCCAACGAACCGAACCGAACCGAACCAAUCAAUACUGAAUCAGUCAGUCGGUAGCAGAAAGAAAAAAAAAGUAUUAAGAAAAUCAGUGGAUCAGAUUAUCGGUCUUAAACAAUAAAAAAAAAAGGGCUGAUUUGAUCAGUGAAUUUUUGGAUCAACUUUUACCUAUAAUUUUGAUCGUUCAUAAUAAUAAUAAUAAAAUACAGAAUAUAAUUGAACGAGAGAAAGACGAAACGGGAGAAAAGGAAUAAAAUAAAAAUAAAAGGAAAAAUAUUUCUAUAUCCAAGUACACAGUGAGUAGGAGAUCAUUAUCAUGGCAGCUACCGUAAUUCACUUGCAAAAAGGCCCAGGUGAAUCGUGGGGAUUCCGUUUACAAGGUGGACUCGAUUUUAGACAACAACUUUCAAUUAAAAAAGUUGUUCCUAACAGUCCAGCCCAAGGAAGACUGCACGGUGGGGAUGCGAUCUUAGCUAUUGGCAGCACAAAUACGCAGAACCUCACUCACAUGCAAGCUCACCAAUUAAUUAGUAAUGCAGGCAAUAUGCUCCAGUUGACACUCAUUAAACAAGCUUUCGCUCCACCCUCAGAUAUCCGCCCCAAAGGUCCACUGAAGUUCUCACCAUGGAAACACCAACAACAGUAAUAACAGCAGAAAGCAGCAGCAACACCACCAAGAACAACUCUAACAGAAUAUCAACAGCAGCAACAACAGCAGCAGCAACAGCUUCAGCAACAUCAG